AUGUCAAUGCCAAAUGUUUCUGCGCCGACGCUUGCAAUCCCCGAAACGAACGGAGCUCGGGCCAUUGGAGCUGCUUUGGCUGGAGCCACCGCGGCAGGACGUAAACGGUCUGGGUCUCUCGACGCGCCCUCUGCAGCAACCGUGACGAGGGGAGGAACCACGUCGCCGCUGUUGUGCAAUUCCGCAUACAGCCCACAUCCAGGAAGCUCUUCCCCAGGCGGGUACUUUGACUCCAAUCACAAUCUCAGCGUCAGAACACUCUCCACGCCAGCUUCACCCAACGACAAUGCCUCGGUGCACCCCGUGACCCCACAGACAGUGCCUGCGACAAACAAUUCAAACACCGUACGACCCAAGAGCCCCUCACGACAACCCUCCAACACCUAUGCUCCUGCGCGACAUCCGUCUCAAAACAACCAGCGAGGCACUCGCAAGACCAGCCAGGGAGCUGUCCCUUCUGUGUCGGGCUCCAAGCCGUCGUCCAACGCACAGUACUACGCCCAGGAGCGCGCAUACCUGCAGAAAAUGCGAAACAACCUUGCAGACGACUACUACACGAAAGGUAUUCCUGCAUCCGAUCUGGAUAGAUCUUCGGACGAGGAGUCUCUGAGUGAGUUUGAGGGCGACUUUGUGGGACUCGGAGGAGUGGGCACAUUUUUCGACGACUCUGGAGCUAUUAGCUACCCGUUUCUGGAGGCCAAGUACAAUGCUGAUGACGCUGAAAAAUCAGAGUCCAUCAGAGAACGGCUUCAGUGGCAGAGCAUGCUGACGUCUGUGCUCACGGGAGAGGUGGUCAAAAAUGAGAAACAGCGUCUGCGAGCACCACCGGAAAUGGACAAGAAGCUCGUGGCUGAAGAGUUGUGGAUGGGAGUCAGAGCAAAGGUCUGUGGCCGGUCUAUGGACGAGCAGCGGAGGAUCAUUGAGUACUCGCGAAAUACUAAGGACGGAAUUCUUCUGGAGGUGGUCAAUUUCAGAGCUAAGCCUGCAGAUGAGGCGGGAGGACGAUCGGCGUCUGACCAGGUGGAGGACCUGCUGAAUCGUUUGGACAAUUUCGAGCAACUGUGGCGCUCGUACUCGCUCAUUGAGACGGACAAGCCUUUUUACGGCAGCCAGGAGUUCCAGGAACGUCUCACAGCUCUGCUGACAUGGUCUUCUCUGACCUGGAACAUUGGUACGGAGAUUAGACUUCUCCAGCAGUGGAUUGGAAACGAGGACAUUGAUCUGACACGACCGGCCGAGGGCAACGAUAUGAUGGCCGACAAGUCGCCGUUCAUUGAGCGGCUGCUCAAGGGACAGGAUCUCAAGAACAUUUUCGAAAACCGAGUGCUGGGACCUCUUUCGCAGCUUGUGGAUCGAGCUCGAACCUCAGCUCUGGAGUACCACGACACCUUUCAGACGCUUGGGCUGCCUGUGCUUUACGACCACAUUGGAUCAUUGGCACGUUUCCCUUCACUUUUGAUCAUGGAGGUGAUGCGAACCCGGCUCAACUACGCCAGAAAGCUCGCCAACCCUACUAUGAUGAUGAUCGACCAGACUAUGGUCGACAUUAGAGGAUACAUUGAGCUGUCUCUCAAGGCCAAAGAGAGAUACAUGUUUUUUGUGUCUCCCACCCAGGAUGGCCCUUGGCCGCUCAAGGACACCAUCGGUGAUGCCUUUGACGAGACUCUGAUCGACUGUGUCUCUUUCUACUUUGAUCUGCUGUCUCGGAAGUUUCUCGAGUCGUCCAACGCUGUGUUCCGAACAUUCAAGGAGGGUGAGCAGCUCGAGUUCCAGUACAAGUUCUUGUCGAAGAUUGGCGAGUGGAUUUCCGGCGGCGAUUACCUUGUUGCCGAGCAGUUUUCCUACCUAACGUCGAAGUUGAUGACUAAGCUGUUAGAUUACUGGCAGGAUUCACUCAAGGGUCCUGCCUCUGAUCAAGCUAACGAGAUUGCCGCUUUCUACUCCGAAACCGCCGAGCAGAUUCGAUCGUUUGAGCGGAAUCUUAUUCGGUUCUACACCUCCAUGUGUUCCUCUUACGAGAAUGCUUCCGAGUACGCAAUCCAGCCCUCUCGGUUGGGUGCCAUUGUUAACUCAGUUCGUCGAGCCAACUACUUUCUUGUCUACACUGGAGUGCUUGAGCGAGACGGUAUCUACGUGUUUGCGGAUCCUUCUCUUCGAGAGCGGCCACACAAGCUCAAGGAGAUCAUUCGUGGAUACUCUCGUUACCGGCGACCUGAGGAGGACAGUGUGGAGUACGAUCACAUCGCACAUGUGCUGAUUCUAUGUUCGGAAGAGCCCUUUAUCUGGGAAGGAGAGAUUCUCAACAUUGACAUGCCAUCUUUUGACCUGGAAAUCAAGAUGGGUCGAAUGCGAAUCGUGUCCGAGGGAGGUACACACAUGCUGCAGCUUGCCAAGACACAGUUUGCCGAGGUAUGUGAGCGAGAAUUUCUCAACACCGUGGUUGAAGCGAAAUCCAACCAGUUGCGUGUCGAUCAUGAGUUCGGACGUCUUCGGAAACUCUUCUUCCGGCUCUCCAUGUCGGUCAUUGACAACGUGGCCACCAUCAGACACACUCUCAAGGGUCUGGGAUGCCAGGACACAGUGCAGAACAUGUUCGUUUUCGCACGUGAGUUUGGCCAGCGAGGUCUGCGGUCACUGGAGGGACCCAAGAGAGGCUACGUGACCAUGAAGCUCAUCAAUCUUUGUAUCGAGUGGGUCUCCUUCGUGGUUGACGACUGUACUUCUACGGAGUACCGUACUUUCCGUUACACGGUGACGGCUCUUGAGUUUGCGUCUGUUAUGACAUCUGGCGUUAACAUUCUCGCCGUCAACGAGGAGGCGUUCUUGCGGCUGCGAGUCAAGGUUGCCGGAUGCAUGUCUCUCUUGAUUUCGCAUUUCGACAUUAUGGGCGCUCGGUCCAAGGCCAAGGCCCAGCAAAAGGUCGAGGUCACCUCUGCCCGUCGCAAGAAGAUCUCGCAUAUGUCGUUUAAGGAUGACACCGAGCUGAUGGAGGCGUUCCGAAACGACGCUGUCAAGAAGCUGGAGGAUCUGGAGCGAAAGCGAAACGACCUCGAGUUCGAGCACCAUUACGUGGGUCGAGUUUUGGACGACGGGUCUGCCGAUGACCAGUUCCUCAUGUCGCUGGCGUCAGCCUUCUCCAACGUCACCAUGCGAUGGCAGCUGGGUCGGUUCAUUGGUUCUGGAACCUUUGGAGACGUUUACUCUGCUCUCAAUUUGGAUAAUGGUGAGAUGAUGGCUGUCAAGGAGAUUCGUCUGCAGGACGCUCAGUCAAUCCGAACUAUCGUCAAGGCCAUCAAGGAUGAAAUGACAGUGUUGGAGAUGCUUCACCAUCCCAAUAUUGUGCAGUACUUUGGCGUGGAGGUCCAUCGAGACAGGGUCUAUCUGUUUAUGGAGAUUUGCCAGGGUGGGUCCAUUGCCGAUCUGCUGUCGCACGGUCGAAUCGAAGACGAGCAGGUUAUUCAGGUCUACACUUUCCAGAUGCUUCAGGGUCUGGCUUACCUGCAUCAUGCUGGUAUCGUACAUCGAGAUCUCAAGCCCGAGAACAUUCUUCUGGACCACAAUGGUCUCAUCAAGUUUGUUGACUUCGGUGCAGCCAAGGUGAUUGCCCGAAAUGGCCGAACCCGGGCUGCCCAGACUGGAACCCGUUCCAAGAUAAACUCACUGACAGGUACACCCAUGUACAUGUCUCCUGAGGUAAUUACAGGUUCUAACCCUGGUCGACAAGGGGCAAUUGAUAUCUGGUCUCUGGGUUGUGUGGUUUUGGAAAUGGCUACUGGCAGACGACCAUGGUCCAACCUGGACAAUGAGUACGCCAUCAUGUUCCAUAUUGCCUCUGGACACAUGCCCCAACUGCCUAGUGCUGAGCAGUUGUCCCCCGAGGGUCAGGCGUUCCUGCUAAAGUGUCUGGAUAGAGACCCCAACAAGCGAGAGAGCGCCAUCGAGCUGUCCAACGACCCCUGGUUAGCCCGAGUCAAGAAUGAUCAUCUGGAGCAGUUGACUCCUAUGGGAGAGGAGUAG